CAGCCUUUGUGUUUGUCAAAAACUAGAAAUGAGUAUUCUAAGUAGACGACGACCAUUUGCUUACUCAAAGAUGGAUUGUGAAGAUCCAGAAGAGAUGAGGCAUCGAAAAGCGCAGUUCUUGAUCUACAAAGUGCUGGAGAGAGCAGAUUAUGGACGAAAACGGUCGUGUUUGAGAGUGAGAAUAUGUAGGGUGAAGAUUAAGAUUGGGAAGAGACUGAGGAGGCUGAGAAAGACCAUAUUGUUAACCAUAUCUGCUGCUGAAGUUGGUGCCUAUAAACAACUUGUUACCCAAUACUUGAAGCGCUUGUUUCGCGGUGGACAGGCUGUGGUCAGUCUUCCGAAGUUAUGAUUUUCUCAUGUUUGGCUGUCAAGAAAAUUUCGGAUAUAUGUCCAUGCAAUAUAUGGUUUCUUACCGUCUAGGCAAUGCGCGCUUUUUUAUUUCCUUCUCUUCUGGUUUUUCUUUUUUGUGCUAGGAACUGAAUUUUCUUGGCAAUGUCUUUCUGAUAAAAACUAGCCAAGAAUUUUGGAGUUGGGAGAGUUUGUGAGCAAGCUUGAACUCAAAUUGUAAGACUGAAUGUAUAAUUUUCAUAUAGUUUUCGAAAGUAUGAAUAAGGUUUUGUUGA